AUGGCCUUCUCGAUCUUCAAAGCUUGUCCCAGCUGCCUCCACAAUAAGAUUCUACUUUUGGCUGACCCAUUUGUCGUCAUCAGCAGCUUCUACCAAAUUCAACGAAAAUGGUCCAUCAUCGAGCAAUUUGAAAAAUUGAUAAAAGAAAGGCAAAUGACAUGCACCGUGGAACCAGCGGACCUCCAUCGAGUUAUUAAUGAAGCUUCCCGCCGAUUGGAAAAGCAUGGCGAGAGUUUUCCAGAAUUGAAAGGACUUGUUGGAUCGAAGAAGAACAUCGAGUCCACAAUUUUCUUCAGCUUUGACAGCAAGGUCGCCAUCAAGGGGAUGCGAGGUGUUUAA